AUGGUCACGAUGAGGAAGCGAAUCGUGUUCGUCGAUGUUCAGUGGUGUGGUACUCAGGCGCUUGGUAUAUUCCGAUUGUUACAUGACCACGGCGGUGCGACAAUGUGCAUCCGGAAUGUUGAAAGUUGUGUGGCCUUAUUCUACGCUGGAACACGCAAGAGGCGAGCGCCUCGACGCGGGCUGCCAGUCGCCGACAGCCGGAAAGAAGACAAGUUGACCUAUUUACGCAAGAAGUGCGCACCCGCCCUUCUAUGCCAAAACGCACUGACAAUGUCGGGUAGACCAAAAAGAGCAAAUGCUGGGAAGCGAUCGUUGGCUGAUGAUGAUUAUUCGACACCAGUGCCGAAACCCCGUCGCGAGACAAUCACCCCGCCAACCACCAUGGGGCUCACCGGAAAGGUGCUGAAACCCAGAGGAAUCAAGGGAAGGCCCAGAAAAUCUUCUCCAGCCGGCUCCACGGCCUCUUCAUCGUCCCGAUUGACAGCUGAGACGCCAAAAAUGCCACCGCCAAAGGCCGCAGCCGCCUCGACCAGGUCCAAGAAAUCCCGGAAAAAGCGCGACUACACUGACUACUACAGUGAGGCCGAGGACACCGAGGAGGAGAGCGAUGUCGAUGAUCUCAAACAGUCUUUUGAUGAAGAUGUGCUGGAGGAUGAGCGCGAAGAUUUGGACCUUGGAUCGAUUGAUGUCGAGGAUGAGGAAGACGACAUAGCCCCGUGGGCGAGCGUAGACCCCGAAGAUUUGCCCGAGCUCAUCCUCCCCGAAUCGAGCCAAGACCUCAAGAUCCCCGAAGAGCACAUCCUCGCCGUGACCGAGCUGCACAACUUCUACCACGUCUACGCCUACCAUCUCCAGAUCAGCCCGUGUCUUUUCGAGGAUUUCUGCACGGCUCUCGUCUCGGAGAGCAAUUCUCUACUCCUCGCCGAGCUUCAUCUGUCUCUUCUCAGGCUUAUCUGGAGAGAGGACGACGAGAAGCACGUGCAAUGUAGUGAAAAAGAGACCAUUGUCUGCUGGAAUCUGCUCACCCAAAUUGUCGAUCAGCACAAUUAUGCCGAGGUCCUUCGCCUCUACAUCCAAGCCGACCAGCGCUACCCGCAAGACCUGGCCGAAUCGAUCAAGACCCGCGAUUAUCCCUUUUCCCCUGUCUCGCUUCGUUUGGAGGUUUUGCAAUGGCUGCAGAGCUGCUUCCUCCAAAGCGCCGUCUUCAAGCAGAUCAUCAAGGAGGAGGGCAAAAUAAUGUCGGAAUCGACGUGUAGGGCGUGUGGAAAGCUGGGAGACAUUGUGAUGUGUGACAGUUGUGACGCGUCGUACCAUGUGAAAUGUCUGCAAAAGGAUCAGCAGCCGAAUCAGGAUAAGGAGAAGGAGAAUGACCCAUGGUAUUGCCCGAUAUGCACCAAAGAAAGGUGUCGCGGUCUGUCGGAUUGUCUUCCAUUUGGUGUGACGGCUGACAAAUGCCCGAUUCGAAUCCCGACCCUCGGAAAGGAUCGCCAUGCCCGUAUCUAUUGGUUCAUCGCUCGCCGAAUCUUUGUUCAUGAUCCUGAGAAGAACGCCGUCCACUACUAUUCGACGUUGCCCCAGAUACACGAGUUGCUGUCGAGGCUUGAUGGCGAGCUCUAUGAAAAGGAUCUGAUGGCCACUUUUGAUACAAUCCACAUAGACAUCAUCGAGCAAAUGUCGAUCACCGUCGAGCUGACGAAUGAGCGACGGAUGGAACGGGUGCAGGUCGCCUACGCCGCUCGAAAGGAAUUCCAGGACGCCGUGCUCAGCCUUGACAAUGCCAACCGUGCGGCCCGUAUCCUAUCAACGCGAAAAGAAGAGGGCAUGGCUCCGAUUGUGGCUAAACUUGAGCCAAUGAUGGGUCUCUCGGAGGGAAAAUGGACCAGCCCAUUCUGGAUUGGAAAUCUUGAAGCCCCAACCUUCUGCCGCGAGACUGGCAAUGGCCCCGACCUCCUGGCCAAUGGCUAUCGUCUCGGUUUUGAUGAUCUGGUCGUCUUUGGCUAUGUUAACUAUCGAAACGACGACCUCGCCAAGCCCCAUGCUCAACGAAAACGGGAAGCAGAUCGCAAGAAGUACCUCAGCAUGAAAUUCUCUUUUGAUGAGUUCCCAUUCAAGUGGGUCGAAGGCCCGUCGAUCGGCCAGAACUACAACAAGGCGUCCACAUUCAGCGUCCUCAAAGAGACGAUGAUCAAGCUGCAAAAUGACGUGCCAAUCGAGCUCUUCCAUCGCCAUUGGCCUGGUUAUGAACCCCUUUGGCUAAAGGGAUUUGAUGAGCGAAAUGUUCGUUGUCUUCGCGAGGCCCUGAUGAGGCUGGAGUGUGGCUUGAGAAAGCCGCUUUUCCUCCAGCAUUGGUGGAACGGCAUUGGGACGACCCGCUUUCUCCGCACCACCCAGGAAGAUCGCGACGAACGGUCGAAAACGGAAGAACAGAGGAGGAAGCUGGAAAAGGCGCUGGCCCUGCAGAACCCCGACGAGACGGACGACUUGAUUUGGGUGCAAUUCGCGAAGCUCGGCGGCCUGCCAAAGCACAAGCUCUGGAAUCUGCGGGACGAGCAAUAUCGGCUGAACGGCAAGGGCGCGUUGGGUGGAUGGGCGUGGGUUGGAAAAACGUAUCAAAAAAGAUAUGUCCCCACCCCGAUCUACAGCAAGGAGGAGAUGAUCAAUGGGAUUGACAUCAAGCCGUCAAAGGGCAAACCCCCGAAGCGAAUUGCCGACGUGCUGAAGAAGCUGGUGAAAUGGCGCGACACCGAGGAGGAUUCUGCCGUCUCUGGCAUCACGAAUAACGCCGAGAAUUGGCGCUGCAAAUCUCCAUCUUGCCCGGAAAACGACGAGCAAACACUAGAAUUGAAUGGAGGCGUGAAAACGUGCUCGACCCCGAAAUGCCGUGAGAUCAAGGCGGAAGAGGAGGACAUCGAGGUCGACAUCAGGCACGAUUUCAUCAUCCCAGCGGAGACAAUCUGCUCGAGUUGCCCGGGUAUCGUCGUGGCCAAGGAUCCCCUCCAACAGCCAUCCAUUGUCGCGCCGAAAGUGUUGGGUGAAGAAGAGCCAUUCCCACUCCCCAAGCCCUUCUCAUUCCAACGAUCAAAUGGCACCGAGAGUCUGCUCGCCCUUCCCUAUCGAUAUCUCAAGAUUCUCGCCAGGCAUGGAGGGCUCAACCCAACAUUCUUUUGCCCCGGAUUCAGCAGGGCUGGAAAGUCGAAUAUGCACGCGUGGAACUACCCGUGUGCCCGGCCCCAAUACGAACUGUGCUGGAAAUGGGCGACACAACACGCGAAAUCGAUGCAAGUGCUGGGCCUCUACCUCCGAAUCCUUCAUGCCUGUAUCCGAUGGGGAGAUAUGCAAACAGUGACUGAUGAAGAGGAGAAACACAAGAGAUUCCAUCUACAUCUUGAUGAUCGCGAUGAGACACGAAUUGUCAUCGGCCACAAGGAGAUGCCUCCGGAUGGAUACUAUGAACGGUAUCAAGUUCAAGUGGACAUAACAAUGGUUGAUGAUGACGAUGAUGAUGGCGCGGAUGCGGGCAGCAGCUCCAGGAGCCGAAAGAAGAGGUCGAUGACGAUGAAGCGGUCGGAUCUGAGGGCUCGAGGCCCGAAACGAAGCGAGACUCGCUGGAUUGACGGUGUCGAUCUGAAGCUCUGGGAAAUUACGGCCUACUGGCGAAAGAAAAAUGGCGGAAAACCGGGUGGACGGUCUGAUGGUCACUAUCGCCCGCAGCCAAUCUCUCGCCAGGCGACGCAACAGCAAGGGUCCGCCAUGUCUCUCCGUCAUGCCCCAAGACCGAAGCCUGUCCAUUCGCCGGUCGACUUCACGAAGCCACGAAACCCAUCCACCAGAAGUGAGACUCCUCGUCUUCAGCCGGCCCUGACGCAUCGUGGAGUGCCUGUUGCCUCGACAUCAUCCGACACUGGCCAAUUGGUCAACAAGCUUUUGGGUGAUCGCCUCCAGCUGUCAGACGGCCGGGUGCUGAUCCGCAAGCGGCUGGCCGAUCCGCAGCUUGUUCCGCGAGGAACCUAUGCAAAUCAACAGGGCAUCGUUCAGCCUACCAAUGGAAAUCUGGAGAGCCCCUACCACCCGCCGCAGCCCAAACAGCCCCGCCUCGACCCCGCCAAUGAUCAUCAACAGUACCACGCAGCCGCGGAACAGAAACCGGUGGUGCAAGCUUCUUCAUCUACCACUGUCCAAUCGAAUGCCCCCUAUAAUCUGCGACGCCAUCUACCGCCCCAAUAUCACAAGCAUCUCCUCGAACAGUACGACGAUUGCCCCGAAUUGCAUCAGGAGGCGGAAGAUGAUGAGGAGUACGUGACGAUACGCACCGGAAAGAGAGGACGGCCCCCUCGACUCAGGCAAUCGGCCGUAGAAGCAAUGAGGACGAUGGGCAAGCAGCAGCCACUCUCCAAGACUCCUCUAUCUCGUCGCCAAGUCCCGGCACCACCGUCAAUCCCUCAGCCACGAGUUCAACGCGUUCAACGGGUCCAGCACGUCCAACAGGUUCAGCAGGUCGUUCGGAAGUAUCCGCCCGGAUUCCAUCCUCUGCAAGGUCAAUAUGGAUUCCCACAACAAUACUACACGCCUCCACAAUACGGAUAUUACGAUGGAGGAGGAUAUUCUGGAUAUGGAGGACAAUACGGAACACCAGCCCCUAUCCCACAGCCAAUGACCCCAUUAUUAUUCAAGACGGAGCCCGAGGCAUAUGACGGAUAUCAUCAUGCUCAACCGAUGCCCUAUCUACAGCAACACCCUCAAUUCGUCAUCCCGCAGCCCGUCAAGCAGGAGCUGGCGGUACUCGCCCACCACGAUGGCCCUCUACAACACCCGAAUCGACUGAUGAAUGGCGGAGGGGAACAGCAGCAACGACAGCAACACGUCAAUAUCGUCGUCCGGCAGCCGCCGCCACAACAACAGCCAUCUUCUAUCAAUGGAAUCAAUGGAGGAUAUCAACCAUCACCGCCACAACAGCAACAACCACAGCAAAGGGAAAUGCUUCUUGUGCCUAGACAAGACGGUCAACCGGGAAUGCGACGUAUCCCCGUGAUUCGCGGAGCGCCAACCCAACAACCCCGCCGAAUCCUUGUCGUCCGAAAAGCCGAUGGAUCAACCCAAUACUUUGAGACGGAAGCUGUGCCUGGCCCGAAUGGAGAACCCGGCAAUCGGGUGCUUCGACGGAUCACCGAAAAUGAGGCUCGACCUGGCGGGGCUGGCGCAAGACCCCCACAGCCACAACUCUACCCACGACGCCCGUUCUUGAAUGAGGGUCAACGUGUGCAACAACAACAGUUCCGCCCUCCCGUGCAACGAGUGCUGAUGAAUAAUGAGAAUAUUGAUCAUAUCCGGAAGGAGAUCAACAAGAGGAGGAGUGAGCUGGAAUCUCGUGCCGAAGCGGAGUUGGGCGUGUCGGCACCAUGGCGUCGAUCCCGGGGUCGUCCGUCAAAUAAACGCAUCGACCUGAAAAAGGCGAAAGAGCAGCAGCAACAACAGCAGCAGAAGAACGCGGAGCAGCAGCAAAUGAUCAACCCGGCCGAUAUCAGCCUGUCCGGGGAUGAUUGGGGACAAAAGCCGAUCAAACAAGAAGAAGAGACGGCAAAUGGCGAUAGCCAACGCGGCGACCGAGAUACCUCCAAAAGAAUCCGUAAGCUGCGUGCCGAGGGGAGUGACGUGCGGAAUAUGAUCGAUCCCACUGAGCUGCACUGUAUUUGUCGACAACCGUUUGACGAUAGAAAGUUCUAUGUGGCCUGCAGCCAAUGUAGCCAAUGGUUCCACGGAAAGUGUAUAGGGCUCAGCGAGAAGAGGGCAAAACGCCUGUGCCAAUUCAUCUGCCACGACUGUCGUGCUCCUGAGAAUGAGGACAGCGAAAUGGAGGGAGAGGCCUUCAAACAAGCCGCACAUCUCGAUGGGGCUGACGAUGAAGAAGUCGAUAUUGAAGGGGAAAUUGAACAAAUGGAGCGAGAACGCGCCCGGAUCCACGUGAAAGAAGAGAGCCAUGAUGGAGGGGAGGAGGAGGAGGAGGAAGAGGGGAAAGAAGAGGAGGAAGAGCCCCUCUACUGUAUCUGCCAUACACCCUAUGAUGAUACCAAAUUCUACGUUGGCUGCGACAAUUGCCCGAAUUGGUUCCACCCGUCUUGCGUUGGCAUUACUGAAAUUGAAGCGCAGACGGUGGAGAAAUUCCUGUGCCCAGACUGUACGGAUUCCGAGGGGUUGGAACAACAACACAACAACAUCACCAACAAGGACCCAUGGAUGAGAAGCAGAGAAAGCUGCAUUUCCUACACGGAAGAGUUCUCGGACUACGACACUGUCGUCAAGAAUCCUAUUGACCUCUCGAAAAUCGAGCAAAAGCUGUCGAACGGCGCCUACAGCAACCACAUCGAGCUGCACGCCGACCUGCAGUUGAUGAUCACCAACGCCAAGCAGUACCAUCAGAAGACGUCCGACAUCUACAAAUGUGCGGAGACGCUGGAUGCCGUCAUCAAGAACAAGCUUGACGAGGUCUACAAGCGGAAA